AUGGCCAUGCAGCUUGACAAUAGCGCGACGCUCAAACCCGCUGAGUCGGCUCUGCUUAGUCGCCGUCGCCGUCGCAAGUCACUCCCUUCACGUCAAGGAACAUCGGCCGAUCCAACGUCGCCUGAAGUGAUCUCAUCGCUAAUCUCGUCCCUCUCAACCAUCUCCGUGCCCCUGAACUCGCAUUUCGACAACGUGCCCCGAAUCGACUCUAAGGACUCUUCUGAUCCUGGCUUGCCCGACGUGCCGCACACGGCACCGUGUUUCACUAUCCCUCCGUCCCAGCAAAAUGGAUUUGGAAUGAGCUUCGGCAGCCACAUCGAGGAACCAGAACCCCCUAGCUGCCCAUUCUUGCAUCCAGAUGAUGCGGCGCUGUCACCCGUCAUCCGCAUGGCCAGAGCGCCGCCGUCGCCGAAAUCCCCCAAGUCGCCCAGAUUCAAACCCUUCAGUAAACAGACCGAUUCUGCCCGACCCGCAUCGAGGGACUCAUAUUCGUCAGUAAGGGUUCCGGAAGAGGAAUCUACAUUCGGAACGAUCACUACGGAACCUGGUCCCCGUCUUUCAACCGCGGUCAGCCUCGCCUCUAAUAGUUCUGGGGGUCGGACCAAGAGUUUGAAAGGCACAUUUGGAUUGCUAAGGAAAUCCUCAUCACGAGAUUUAUCAGGCGACAAGGACACUCCGCUCGAACGUCUACGAAAGACGAGUAGUCUCAACGACAGUUUGCGACACGUGCCUCGCAGUAGGGCUAGUUUGCGCUCCAUGCAUUCCAUGGCGGAUGUGGCCGAGGAGGCGGGUUCCAAAGAUGGAGCGAGUACACCUCCCGCCAAAGAGCAUCCCUCUGCUCAGAGCACACCGGACCAGAACAACCCGGGCGGGAUUGGAAGCGGUAGAAUUAUUCCCACUCGCGAUUCCUCUCUUCGACACCGACACAGCCAAUCCUCAGGGAAACGAAGAUCCGCUCGCCACAGCCGAUACCCAUCCACUGCCAGUAAAGAGUCCAGUCCAGAGAAUGGACUACCAGGCUCGAGUAAUGAUGCCGAACAGGUUACUCGGAGAAUCCAGGAGUUGAAAGAUCAACAACAGAGGAUCAAGACCGAACUAGAAGUAGACGAUACCCCUGGGAAAUCCACGAAGACCACACCGGUAAAGUCAAAGCCUCCACGCAGUACUAGUCAGGCCCUGAAUGGAGCCCUGAACGGGCCGGUGAAGGUUGGUCGUUCUGUCUUGAAUGAUAGCGCACCAUCGCCUUCUGUCAUGACCGGUAAAAGUCGAACUGGAAAGACUGGGGUCCCGUUGGCAUCGAAGCCGACCAACAUUGCGCCCCAGAUGCCAAAGUCGUCUGAAAAGUUCGACGAAAAAUCACGAUACAGGACGUCUCUGGAGCCCGUCUCACCCACGCCAGGCCAUCGUCGAUCACCUUCGGGCCCAAGCAUUGCUGCUCGCUCCUCGAUCAAUCACGAACGUCCAUCCAGUGCUGAUUCAAUUGAUCUGGCGGUCCAAGAAUACACAUUCUCUCCGAAACUGACCCAGAAGGUGAUACAUCCUACCACUGGCCGUACUAUCGCAUUUUCGGAGGUAGGUGACCCCAAAGGUCAUGUUGUUCUCUGUUGCCUUGGAAUGGGUCUCACCCGCUAUCUCCCGGCAUUUUAUGAUGAAUUGGCUCGGACACUCAACCUGAGACUGGUCACUCUGGAUCGUCCCGGUGUGGGUGAAAGUGGACCACACCAAGUUGACGAACCGAGCAACCCUCUCAGCUGGCCUGAUGACGUUGCUAUUGUUUGUAACUACUUACGAGUUACCAAAUUCUCCAUUCUGGCCCACUCCGCCGGGGCAAUAUACGCCCUGGCCACGGCUCUUCGAAUUCCACAGCAUAUUCGUGGACGCAUUCAUCUUUUGGCCCCUUGGAUUCCUCCAUCUCAACUUUCCAGCCUCGGCUCCCAAAAGGAACCGGCUCCUACUAAUGCAGUCCCUUACUCACAACGCAUCCUCCGCGCUCUCCCAACUUCUCUCCUCAAGGUGGCCAAUACCAGUUUUAUGAGCGCCACCAGUGCAAGCAUCACGACCAGUCUCCCCAAAUCUCCCAAGCGGGUCAAGCGCAAGGCUAUCAAAGAAGCACCGGCCGCCGAUACAGACUCCGUUGCGCAAGAUAUCGCUGAAGCCCAGGCACAAAAAGAUGUGAAGCCAUCCAGUCAUUCCCACGCUUCGUAUAGAAAGAGUGACGCAACCCUUGGGUCUCGUGCAAAGUCCCCCGAGGAGGAGCGCGAACGACAACAGGACUAUGAUCACCGCCUAACACACAGGAUCUGGGAACUUGCCACCGCCAACGCCAACCCGGCGGUCGACUUGUUGAUCUGUUUGGAACGCCGUCAAACCAUCGGAUUCCGCUACGUGGAUAUCACCCGAUCCGUCGUGAUCCACCACGGCAGCAAGGAUACCCGCGUACCCGUGGAGAAUAUCAACUGGCUGGGCAAAACCAUGCGGCGCUGUGAGGUGCGAAUUCUUGAAGGCGAGGGUCACGGUCUCAUGGCCUCGGCCGGUGUGAUGGGCAGUGUCCUCACGGAGAUUGCCAAGGAGUGGGAAGACUGGACGACUAUUGUCCAGGGCAAGCGCCGAGCAACCGCUCAUGCCGCCCGACCAGGGCUCUCCAUCCAAACCCGAUGA